AUGGAUGUCAGCCUGUUUGACGAAUUACUAGAAAAAUUGAAGCCACUCAUUACAGCGAAAAACACUACAAUGCGUGAAUCCAUUCCUGCUCACGACAAGUUGUGUGUGACGCUGCGGUUUCUCGCUUCGGGAGAGUCCUAUACACAACUUAGAUAUGCCUUUCGUAUCUCUGUAUCUGCGAUUGCAGAAUUUGUUCCGAAGGUCUGUGAAGCUUUAUAUGAAGUUCUCAAAGACGAAUACAUGAGGGUGCCAUCCACACGAUCACAAUGGCUAGAGCUAGCGAGUGAUUUCGAGACGAAGUGGCAAUUUCCCCACGCUGUGGGGGCUAUUGAUGGCAAACACAUACAAGUUAAAGCUCCACCUAAUUCUGGGUCAGAGUUCUUCAAUUAUAAAAAAUACUUUAGCUUUGUUCUGCUUGCAAUUGCAAAUGCAAAAGCUCAAUUUGUUGCUUUCGACUUGGGUGCCGCAGGCAGUCAAUCAGAUGGGGGUAUUUUCAAACAAGGACACUUAUCAAAAAUAUGUGAAUCUGAAAACUUUCCAUCACCAAGCUGCAUAGAGCAAAGCUCACUUCCGCCAAUUCCAUAUUACAUAUUAGGAGAUGAGGCUUUCGCACUAGAACAAAACAUCAUGAAGCCGUUCCCACAUCGAUCUGCCAUGGGGGACGAAAAAGUUUUCAACUAUCGGCUCUCUAGGGCUAGAAGAAUUGCUGAAAACGCCUUUGGGAUUCUCUGUGCACGUUUCCGAAUUUUGUCAAGACCUAUGGAAAUGAACGUUGCAAAUGCAAUGGUAGUUGUUCAGGCAUGCCUGGUUCUGCACAAUUUUCUAAUGAUGAAAAAGGACGGAGUUUAUAACCCUCCUGGAUUCAUUGACACCGAGGAUGAAAUUGGCAAUGUUAGACAAGGUGUUUGGCGCAACCUUGUAGAAGAUUCUUCGUCUCUUGGACACCUAAGACGAGACCAAAGCACCAGACCAUCUACUCUACAAGCCAGAGAAGUACGGAAUCUACUAAAGGAUUACUUCUUUUCUGAAGGAGCAGUUGAUUUUCAAUGGGCAAUGACUGAGUUACAUUUUUGA